AUGACAAGCAAACCCACUCCUCUCGCGAAUCCAUCCGACAUGAUGAAGAUCAAACAGCUCAUCGCGGAAGACCACUUGGGAGGCUGGGACAAGGCUUGGCAGAAUAAGGUAACACCAUGGGAUGCCGGUCAAGUCCAACCGCCGCUGCGUGAUCUCAUCGAGCAGAACCAAGUACCCUUGCCAAAGUCAGGAAGGGCCCUUGUGCCGGGAUGCGGCAAGGGUUAUGAUGCCGUAUUCAUUGCGUCCUCCUUGGGACUCAAUACUCUUGGAGCCGACAUAUCCGCGACAGCGGUGCGCUCUGCAUCAGAAUAUCUGGGAACCCUUCCGUCCGCACCAGCAGGGAAGGUAGAGUUCAAGGCGCUUGACUUCUUCGCGUUCACAGUCCCAGAGGAUGAGAAGUUUGACUUGGUAUACGACUACGCAUUUUUCGUGGCCAUACCGCCAACAAUGAGACCGGAUUGGGGAAGAAAAAUGACGGAGCUGGUGAAAUCAGGAGGGUAUCUGAUCACACUGAUGUUCCCCAUGGAUCAGCCCAAGGACGCUCAAGGACCUCCGCAUUAUGUCGAGUUCGAGCAUUAUGCUGAGGCGUUAGGUGAUGGCUGGGAGAAAGUCUUCGACGUCAUACCGAAGAGAAGCCUGGAGAACCACAUUGGAAGAGACAGACUCGUGGUUUGGCUCAGGAAAUAG